AAAGUUGAUUUUAAUCGUUAUGUCUCAAGUUUAUGAACUUGAUAAAAGAGUAGUGCACCUAACUGCUGACAAAUCAAAUAUAAAAAAUAUGGAUCAUGCAUAAGCGUAGAGUUUAAACAAUCGAUCUAUAAUUAUAAAAUUAUAACAGUGACAAAAAUGGCUUCAGUGACAUAAAACAGUGGUUAUUACAUGAAUAUAAUGGAUAUGGCUGGGAAGCACUAGAAUAUCCAUACAUAUGUUGAAAAGUGUUGAAAUGAUUGGAAAUAUGGCUGGUUCUAACAAUAGUCUCCAGUAUGAAUAUAUUAUAGAAAACAUCUUGAAUCAGGAUCGGAAGGAUUUAAUGCUUGUCAAGUUUACAGUUCCAAUUAUUCUAGUUGGACUAUUCAUUAUAAUAAUAUUGAUAAUCUAUCUUAAAUGCGGGAAGAAACCCAAAAAAUGCACAGUAUUAAGACGGGAAUCUACCAAAUCAUUAAGAACGGAUGGCACUGUCAAAUCGAACUGGAGACAAGUCCGAACCCGAACCCUCCGAGACAGAAAGUUGCCUCCGAUACCGGAGGAGCAAACUCAAGGAGAUAAAGGAAGGAUGACCAGCCAAGGUUUCAAGCCUUCAGGGCAUAUUAUUGGAACAGCUACACCAGAGAGUCACGUGUAUGCUGAGAUAAAUGGAACAGUUGACAUUUCAGAAGAAACAGUUGAAAAUCUGAAUCAAACAGAGAUAGACCUGAGGUCGAAGUACCUGCAGGUACCUAAUGUACCCGAUGUUGUCCAGCACUACGUGAACCUACCUGACAUAGCUUCCGAUAGAGUCGCAGAGAAUGAUGAUAUUGGCACCUAUGUACCUUACACCUAUCCAUACCAACAUAAACCAGUACUUAACAGGGAUUCUACUGAACAGGAGGAAGGAUCUGAUUCCUGUAAACUGUACAGUUCUCCUAUACCUGAAUCCGCAGUUUCUGAAUCCUCAUCAAGUUCGAUAAUUCCUGAAUCUACCUCCAAAUCAAGUGAACAUUUUCCUGGUCCUGAAGAAUUACCAACUGAAUCCUAUUAUCUUAUUCCUAAUUCCACUAUUUCUGAAUCCACGUCUACUUUCCCUGAAUCCUUAUCAGCUACUGCUAUCCCUGAAUAUACAUCAAGAUCCGAAUCCAAUCGAAAUUCUCAGAUCCCUGAAUCGUCAUCAAGUCCUGUUACUGCAGAAUCCGCAUCACCUUCUUCAAUUCCUGAAUCCACAUUAACUUCUUCAAUUCCUGAAUCAGCCUCAAAUUCAGCAACGUUAACUUUAUCAUCAAAUCAUCAGGUAGAAGAAGAAACGAAAAAUAAGAACUCAAACAAGUCUGAGUUUGGAAAAGGAUCACAGUUAAGAGUUCUCCCUCGGCUUCGGGAAAGCAUCUCCUUAGAUAGUGGUUGCACAACAAACCUUUCUCCAGGCGCAGGAAGACGACAACUAAAACGAUUAAAGGAUCGGCGGCAUGAUAAGAAGGAACGAGCUCGAAUGUUAUCAAGUGUUCAACUCAGGUUGGCGCGGAGUGACAGCUUUUCAGAGUUCUAUUCAACAUUCUAGUUCUCACGCCGAACUAUGCAGCGUUCUAUUCAACAUUCUAGUUCUUACGC